UUUGAUGCCAAAAUGGGGUCAAUUAUUGUUUCUCUUCGCGAGCGGAUGAGGUUCUACAAACUCCGCGUCACAUGUAACGCUGCAAGGGUCGCGUCGACCUUUAACGAGCAAUUCAAACCUGAAAUCAUCCCGGAAGUUAAUGACCCGUUCCUUGUCGACUGGAUCCAGGACCCCUUAGAAGAUUCAGAAGUUUUAGUUGGCGAACGAGCACUCCGGUUGUCCGAUCCUCAACUCUUGAAUUAUUCAGUGAAGUGGCCGAUCCAUGGAAAGAACUUCAACACCAGGGAUUAUCCGUCACACCAAAUGAUACUGGAUGACAUUGAAACUAUUAUCAGCACUGUACUGAGUGAGAGGUUCAACGUAAGACGGCUUGAUUACAAGGACUAUUCUGUUGUUCUUGUUAUCCCAGACUUCUAUGAU